AUGUCGACUAUGCAAGAAAGAUUGUUUGUAAGUUGAAAUUUUUUGAAAUUGUUUUUAUUUCUAGGCUUACUUACCUAUUUUUUCCAUUCCAGGAAAUCGCUGUAAAUUCAGUGAUCUCAAACGCAAUCAACAUCGGAAAUCGUCUAAACCUCUUCAAAACUCUAGCCACCUUCAAAACUCCAAUUCUCCCCAAAGUGCUCGCUGAAGCCUCCGGAUGUAAAGAAAGAUAUAUUCGAGAAUGGUGCAAUUGUCUAGCCUGUGGUAAAAUCCUUGAAGUCACCGAAGAUGAGAAGUUCUAUAUUGCCCCGGAAAAUAUCGCAGCUCUAACUUCUGAUGAUUAUCCGAUUAUUUCUCAUGGAAUGAUGAUUACUUUGCUGGAACCUUUUGAAGAUCUUCUAACUUGUUUCAAGAAAGAUGGACCGCAUGGAUUGGAUUAUUCGAAGUUUGGGAAAUUCCAAGAUUUUAUGGGGAAUCUUAGUAAAUCGCUUCAUGAAAAACAUUUAUUUACUGAUUUUAUUGAUUCUCUCGGUGAUGGGAUUCGUGAAAAACUAGAGACUGGCAUCAAAGUUUUGGAUGUUGGUUGUGGAAAUGGUUUUCAUUCUUCACUUCUAGCUGAGAGAUACCCAAAGUCCAAAUUCACUGGAUUGGAUAUUGGAGAAGAUGCGAUAACUUCAGCCAAAUCUCGAAAACGAACAGAUGGGCGCGAUUUCGAGAAUCUUGAUUUUGUUCAGUGCAACGCUUCAUUUAUGCCCGAGAAUUGGACGGAGACUUUUGAUUUGGUGUUGAUUUUUGAUGCGUGUCACGAUCAGAUGAGACCGGAUUUGGUGAGGAACUUUUACAACAAAAAACACUAGCAUGAGCAAUGCUUGUUUUUCUGAAUUUUUCAAAAUUUUCAGAUUUUCUAAAUUAAAAAAAAUAUUUAGAGAAUCGAACUCAAGAUAAAAAUUGCUCUGGUUUUUUUUUAAAUUUAACAUGAGCAAUGCUGCGAAUUUGUUAUACAUUUUAUGUUAAAUUCAAGAAAUUUCAGACUAAACAUGAGCAAUCCUCUAAUAAAAGUUUGAAAGAAUAUUCAGAGUUCAACUUUCUGAGGUCUAGAUUUUUGAUUUAACAUGAGCAAUAACAUUUUUGGAAUUCAUUUUUCAGUGCAUCCAAGAAAUCCAUCGAUGCCUAAAACCCACUGGAUUAUUUGCGAUGAUUGAGAUGCUCGGAACCAGCAACAUCUAUGAAGAUCGAGAAAUGCUUGGCCUACCUGCAACUCUGAUCUAUGGAGCAUCGUUGUUCCACUGUCUCCCAGUUGGCUCAAAUUCUCCAGAUGCUCUUUGUUAUGGCGCAAUGUGGGGGAAACGAAGAGCUGUUGAACUUAUCAAAUCUUGUGGAUUUGGGAAAGUUGAUACUGUAGAUACCCCUUAUUUUCCGCUAAAUGUAUUGUAUUUGUCAAGAAAGAAUUGA